UGCAUUUCUGGGGUCGUCCUUCACCGGUUCUCGCGGGGUCGGACAGUGAAUUGCGCGCGCAACAGCUGUGGAACGAGCAGUAUCUGCGCCGGCUUGAGCCCACACUCUCAGCCGCUUUGCUGUGUCGUGUUCUUCUUCUCGCCCUCCCUCAACUUGAGUUGUUCGUCCUUCAACUCUCUGGCCGGACCAGCUGUCGCAGUUGUUGCCCAGCUAUCGCGCGCUCCUUUGUGGCUCUUCCUGGACUAACACGGUCUCUCCUUUGCCCUUGUCCUCAGGCCACCAAAUCCUAGACCGAGCGCUGGCGUUUCCCUAUCGUAAGGCAUCUCGCAACGCAAUUGAUGCGCAGCCUUUGAGAUUCUUUUGAUCUCACAGGCCGCCCUUUCACCCCGAUCUCCCACAUCAUGACCACCUACUGCUACUACCCGUACCAGGAGCAGCCUCAGGUAGUAUGGCAACCGAAUACGUUUGGGUAUCUUCAUUAUGACCGCCAACGGUCGAAAACGCCUACAUCCUUGAUCAACCAUACUGGCCUUUCGCCAGGCCCCCUCAGCACGCCGCCUCAGAGUCGCAACCCCUCACAACCUCCAGAACAAGCACCGGAUCAGAUGAUUUGGGAUGAUGCCAGCGGCAGCCCCUCGAACUCUCCGACGUCUGUUAACACUCCUGACCUCGACUCUUUUGAAGUCGAAAUGCUGGAUGCCACGGAUUCGAUGCGCAAUCUCUGUCAUGCCUCAAACGAGAUGGGGACGACUCAGGUGUCACCAGUUGGAGUGGAGGCUCCGGAUAUGAUGUUCUUAAGUGAUCAAGCAUUGCAAGACGCUUACAAUGCCACAAUUGUGGCAAUACAGCAGCAGCAGCAGCAGCAGUUCACUCUGCAAUUUAAUACACAAAACCGACCUUCACAAGAGGUUCCAUUAGCGCCUCCAUCCCCAUUCAACCAUCUCUACAGUCAAGGAUAUACGAAUCAACCACCACGACAGGAUCCAUGGACCAGUCAAAGGCCAUCUCAGAAUUCGAAUGUUCCUCAAUCUGAUGCUGUCGUCUUCGACCUUGAGACAGAUCCGGUCGACUAUGGUGCCUUUAUUAACCCAGAUGUCGGCCAAUGGACCAUGAAUGUUCCUGACUAUCUCAUCUCGCCGACGGAGUCUGCGGUGCCUCCUCUUGAUGGCCCAAAUCGCUUCCAAGGUCAAAGCCAAAUCCAAAGCCCAGUGGAAAUGAGUGUCUCGACAUCAUCAUCAGGUGCAGAUUCUCAAAGUUUUAUCAAUUACAAUUCGUCUUCUCCUCUCUUCACCGAGAGUUACAUCACAGAGCCGCCUCAUUUCCCUCUAUCCCCAGGAAAUUCCACAAUUACACAACCUCCACGCUCUCCAUGUCAAGCACCCGUCAGCCCAUUCCUCUCUAUGCCAAGUCCCGGUGGUUCAGAAGGCAUGUUUUCUUCACAAUAUUCAGAUCCUAGAAUAAUGCUCGACCCCUACCCCGUUGAGCAGUUCGAUGCUAAACCAGCACCUCCUCCAUCACCUGUCCAAACAGAUCCCUCUCCCAUAAGGACAAUUCCAGAGAUAACCUAUGACUCCCCUGACACAGAGACUCCUCUGCCGCAACCAGCGGGCAAGGGUCAGGCAGGUCGGCCAGGUGGAAGAGCGCUCGGAACGCACUUGGAGCCAAAGGUUGCGAAAGCAGCCCAUGACAUGCGAAAAAUCGUUGCCUGCUGGCACUGCGUAUUACAACGAGAUAAAUGCGGCCCCGGUGACACUUGUGAACGAUGCCUCAAGCGCUCUCAGCGACCUAAUUCCGAUUGCGGGCUAGGCUGUUCUCGAGUCAAACUCGUGGAGUUGGUGCAAUGUUUCCUCCCCUCUCUUUACACACAGAUGCAUGAAGACGCCCAACUCACGCACUUCGUCUCCCAGCAUAUUCGCCAGUGGGGAAAUGCGGAGAUCACGAUUUACAUGACGUGUGGCCAAAACGCAAUGCCAAGAAUACCAGUGAAGGUGUAUGAGUUUUUACCCAAGACACAAGAGUUACUUCGCCAGUUCCAGUACUUUACUGACCCGGUCACGCAUAAGAUGGUUAGGGUGGAGAAAUCCAGCCCCGCUGUUGGUAUGGUUCACAUCAAUCACAACGAGGAGAAGAAAUAUGACAAGUAUAUUAACGACAUUAUUGACCACCAUCUCGGUGCUUUCGGUGAGCUGUGCUGGAUGGAAGACGACAACGACUUCCAGCAUAAACUUUUCAUGCUCAUGAUGAAAGUCAAGCCGAGGAGUGACGAAGAAGUUAAGCUCCUCCGCGAAGUCUUCCGCCUUAUAAUUGCAACUUUCAUAAUGUCGCACACUCUCUCUAUCGCCGAAGAAACCAAACACGCAUCCCUCUCCAAACUGCAUUCCUACCCUGGCCCCUCUGCCUACGUCGAAAACUUCACUUCCCCACGCAUGACCAACCGCCAACUCAAGUACUUCUUCGCACGUCUCCAAAAACACAUCCUAACAACCGUCCUCAACAAACUCCAACAAAUGUUCAAAUCCUCACGAGGUUGUGAUAAAUGGAUGGCCGCGUUCAUCGCCGUGAUCGGGAUGUGCAUGGCGCACGAGGACCAACAGAAAACGCUUCACUUGGUCAUGGAGACUAAGAGCGCAAGCGAGGGCGCUAAUUGGAUGGAUUCUCAAGCGAGGGCGGAUUUUGCAUGUCGGGAGAUUGAUGCCAGGAUGGGUUUCAUCGCGCAGAUAUUCCGGUGGAAGUUUAACCGAAAGUGCAAUCCGCUCCGCAAUGCUGAGCAUGAUUGGGAUCGUGAGGUGGGAUUUGGAGAUGCUAAUUCAGUUGAGUUUGUAAGGGGCGUUGCGCAAUUGGUAAAAGAAAACAUUGAUUUUCUGCAGAUGCGCCAGGCUGUCAGUAUAUCGCAUUCCAACCAGACAAAGUACACGUCGCGGUUGGUAGCGCAGUUCUUGCUUUCUUUCUGGCUUCCUUCAUGACAUGGACCUUCCCAUUAGCCCCGCUCCGCCCGACCUCGCUCACAUCGCUAUUAUUUCGUUUCAUUAUAAUGCUAUCCUUGAGGCCAUCCCUUAC